CCGCCCCAGUAACCGGACAUCCUCUCUCGCAUUCUCCCUCUCCCUCCUUCUGCUAAACCCAGCCAUUUCUGCUAUGUCAAGCACCGCCAUUCUUUUAUCAUCUCGCGGUAAUGCCCGCUUUUGGUCGGCAUCCUCCCCUUAACUCCCUCCCCAAUUACUCAUCGCCGCCGCCACCAUCAUCACCAUGUCGGCCGCUUCUAGAGGCCUCAUUUCCCGCUUCAGGUUCCUUUCUCUGGAUUCCACUCGGGCCUUCCAAUCUUUUUCGAGAGCCGGUUUCUCUAGUAGCACAGAAGCGGCUCUCUCAGAGGAGGAUCACGACCAUGGUGGUGGUUGGAUCAUCGAAGCCAAGCCCAAGAUAAUGACACCAAGCUCGAGAAGGACGGGAGCCAUCGGCAUCAAGUGUGGGAUGACGGCGCUUUGGGACAAGUGGGGUAAGAGGGUGCCCAUUUCGUUAUUGUGGUUGGAUGAUAACAUUGUCUCCCAGGUUAAGACGAUGGAGAAGGAAGGGAUUACCUCCUUACAGAUUGGAGCGGGGCAGAAGAAGGAGAAGCAUUUGACUAAGCCAGAAAUUGGUCAUUUUAGAGCUCAGGGCGUGCCAUUGAAGCGGAAGCUGAGGGAAUUUCCCGUGACCGAGGACGCUCUUCUGCCCGUUGGUACUCCAAUUUCUGUCCGGCAUUUCGUUGCCGGACAGUAUGUCGAUGUAACAGGGAUCACGAGAGGGAAAGGUUUUCAGGGUGGGAUGAAGAGAUGGGGCUUUUCUGGGAUGCCUGCAUCUCAUGGUGCAUCAUUGUCACAUAGAAGUAUCGGUUCUACUGGUCAAAGAGAUGCUCCUGGCAAGGUUUUCAAAGGGAAGAAAAUGCCAGGGCGUAUGGGUGGGAAGCAGCGGACUGUGAAGAACGUAUGGAUUUACAAAAUUGACCCCGCGAGAAACUUGAUGUGGGUGAGAGGCCAGGUUCCUGGUGCAGAAGGCAACUUUGUUUUCAUAAAGGAUGCUGUUUACAAUAAACCUGAUCACUCUAUUCUUCCAUUCCCGACGUUUUUCACCCCUCCUGAUGAGGAUCCAUCAAUGCUUGAACCCAUGGUAGCUGAUCUUGGUGAUGUUGACCCAUUUAUGGCUGAAUAGUCUUGCUGGUGUGCAUGAUUCAGAUACUGAAAGACCCCUUUCUAUACCAAAUCGCCUCGAGUUCAGAGAAAGCAUCAAGAUAUUAUUCCACAGGAAUAGAUUUUUGGGUCUCCAAUUUUGCAUAUUUACAGCUAGAGAUGAGAACAACGGGUUUGAGGUCUCUUUCCUUUCUAAUGUGUCAUUGUGGGAACCUAUGAGAUAAAGGUAUUUAGUUUUGCGAGUUAAGGUUUGUUAUGUCUCAUUUCUGAUAAUAAUCCCACCAAGACGGAGUUCUCACUGUUUCCCAUUGUAUUGUAGCAAACGCUGUGUGUACUUGGGCCGCAGAGUGCGACUUGUUACCUUUUAUCGUUUUGUUUGGAGAUUUGAACUCACAGUAACUUGAAUUUCAGAAGAGAUGAGUGGCCUAACCAAAGCCGUCUGGCACGAACAUGCUUUAUAUUGAAGCACAAAAGACAGAACUUGAUGCUAGGAAAUUUGUAUCCUGAUGGGUUCUGAUUAAAUUUGCUCCUUGGUCAUCAUUGUUUCAA